AUGACGUAUCCAGUCUCACUCGGCAGGGGAUUUAUACUGUCAUCAAGAGAUGACGCCGACUCUUCUCUGUCACAUCUGGGUUCCAACCCUCUCUACUCCCGUUGCCGAAGCCAUACUGGCACGGAAGCGCAUCAUCGUGCGGAGAAGAAGUUGGAGCGACCUUGCUCAGAGUUCCAGUUUCAGAGCGUCAGCAGCAACCUCUACGCGGGCGACUUACACGACACAAUGUUGCUGGGGGAGAGACUUCGUGCUCGUCGAGCCAGAGAUGACGUGGCUGCUCUAGUAGAUUUUCUGAAGAAUCAUCCGCCGCCGCCGGAUAACUUCAUGUCGAUACCAUACGGAGAUGACGGGCAUGGCCGCGGAAGAUGGUCCAAAAUCAAGAAAAUAGGAAGAAGGAGCAAAUCCACGCCCAAACAGCCACAAAACAUCCAACUGCCAGACUCGGCAGUGGUAGGCGUCACCAGUGGAGGGCAUAGGCACAUUGCCAUCUCGAUUCCAAUCGAGGCAACUCCGUAUGGGUUGGAGAUCCGGUCCCAGUAUCCUGUCUUCACUCACGACACGCAAAUUGGAAUACCAAGCAAAGGACCCAUCAGAACGUUCAGGAAUGAAAAGGGCGUUGUUACCGUUUUGCGGCCCGUGGCGGAGGCAUUUGAGUCAGAUACCGGUUUGGUUGCUACUAAAUCUCGAGCGCCAUAUUUGAACUCCCGGGGACACCGCCCUCCUCCGUUACCGCCGCACAAGCCAACCAAUAGUCUAACGGACAAAGUCCAUGAUUAUAUUGGGAUUCUACCAACGAAGUUUGAUACGCCAUUACUUGAUGACAGCUCAGCGCCAUGGCAUAUCUCGCGAAGUCCAUCAAGAGAUGAAGGCUCAGUAGGCAAACAAAAUCCGGCGGUGUUUCGGCGCUCUGCGUACCCUGCACGAGCUUCUAGUAUGGUUUCCAAUAGAUCUGCGAGAAACCCACCAUCUAUCGACGGCUUGAUAUCACCACAGGACCAUGUUGCGGGAGCGAGUAGUGUCGCUCGGUCGAAAUGCUUGUACAACUCGUUAACCCCGGCUCCACAGCGAGCACUUUCAAUAAGCAACAACAACCCUGUGAACAGUAUUGGUGCUCGCAGAUCAGAAUCCGGACCGUCCUACAUCAGAGACUCAAGUCCAGCACUAAGCUGGGAUGGUAGCCAAAAUCGGAAUACUGCUUCGACGACAGACGCUCAUGUUCUUUCACAUUCGGAGGACUAUCGACACGCAAGCUCAGGGUCAAGUUGGAAUAGAAAGGAUAUUGUGAGAGAAAGAAAGCGGCGCGACAUUGAGGCAGCCGUGUGGAAUGCAAAAGUGAAAGAUCAGCUGGAACGAGAUGCUUCCAAGGCGAUACAGCGACCAUCAGCUGCCCAACCAUCGUCACGACCAGCAGCGGCGGUUCCGGACAAGACGUCAACCGCUAUGCCGGGCCAAUUAGCCUUAACCUUGAGUGGUCUCAUGGUGGUGACGGAUGUCGAGCCGUCUUCUGCUGAUGAAAAGGGCGGACCCGUCCGUCCCAAGACGGCGCCUGCAAAGAAGUCUUCAAAGGAGGAUUCUGAAAUAACACUGCCCUCAACCACUGUCAACACACCAAGUAUUCUGACCCCGCCAGCCUCCACGCGUGGCUCGCCAUCACAGCAACAUGACGUGUCAGAUCGCACGUCUCUGACCCGUCGACGAGAAUGGAAGGCCAUCAGGGAACAGGAGCGCAGGGCACGCGAUGCAAUGGCUAUGGCCAGAGCAAGGACGCAACAGUUAGCCUCGGGUGGAGUGGCAUACGGGAAUGGCUCGGUUUCCCACGCAGACAAGGAGGUCAUGCGCUUAUACGAAGCGUACCGCGAGCAUCGGUUGCGAGACAUGGAGCGCCGGCUCCGUAGGUUGGAACGCAACGGCGAUGACUGGCUUCGGGCCCCAGUGCCUGUUUUGGACAACAUGAAUAAAACUAUAGGGUCUUCCAAUAACUGGCCAUUAGAGGGAAUUAGGGCCUGGGCAUCCGAUGGCGAAACUUCAGGCACAGCAGACAGGAUGGACCGGGAUAUGGAAAAGACGCGACUAACACGGCGGCCUAGCUUAUCCCAGGCCAGACUCCUGGAUAUGUUGACUAGGCAUGCGUAUAACGACGAUGCAUGGAGUGAUAGUGUGAGCAGGAGUGACGACGCAAGCGGGUUGGGGACUAUUGAGCCGCUGAUGAGGGAAUUGGCGGGAGAGGCAAGGCGAUGGCAGGGAACGACGCAAUCGCCAGUCAUUACGAAAGGUGGACAAUCCCACCCCAUGUAA